GUCAUUGUUCACCGCCGGACGCUCUUUGGAUUUUAGAAUGGAUGAACACAUUUAAAUUAAUCAUAAAUUUACAGAUUGGUGAAUGUCCACAAAAUAGUAUGAGAAAGUUAGAGGAUAUAAGAAAGAAAAUGAAUAAUGACCAUAGUUGACAAACCUCCAGAAAAACCUGACCCUGAGUCAGUGCGGUGCAAGCACUCCAGCUCUCUGACACCUUUCUCCACCAAAGACAUGGAGAGUAGCAGUUCGAGCUGGAGUAUUAGCCAUUCUGCCCCUGAGCUUUCAAGGGCCAAGACUGCCUGCAUGGCUCCAACCAUUGGAGUGACUGUGAACAGUAGUAGUAAUACUAAUAAUAAUACAGCUCUUGACAGGCCCCGGGAGCAAGUGGUGAUGACCAGUGGGGACGGCAUCGCUCUUCCUCAAAAGGUCCUCUUUUCCCCAGAGCGGCUCUGCUUGAAAUGGAACCAAGGUCACCGCAUUGGAGCAGGUCUCCAGAACCUGGGCAACACAUGUUUCCUAAAUUCUACCCUCCAGUGUCUGACCUACACUGCUCCUCUUGCCAACUUCAUGCUAACCAGGGAGCAUUCCAAAGCAUGUCAUGAGCCUGGGUUUUGCAUGAUGUGUACCAUGCAAAAUCACAUCACCCAGGUGUUCGCCAACUCUGGAAACGCCAUCAAGCCCAUUGGUGUGCUUAAUGAACUGAAACGUAUUGGAAAGCAUUUCAGAUUUGGAAGUCAGGAAGAUGCCCAUGAAUUUUUGAGGUACACGGUGGAUGCUAUGCAAAAAUCCUGCCUGCCUGGAAACAAACUGGACAGGCAAACACAAGCAACCACUUUUGUACAUCAGAUAUUUGGGGGUUAUCUGAGAUCCCGAGUCAAAUGUCUGAAUUGCAAAGCAGUCUCUGACACAUUUGACCCUUAUCUGGAUAUUUCUUUAGAGAUAAAGACUGCUCCGACACUUACCAAGGCAUUUGAGCAAUUUGUUAAGCCUGAGCAACUUGAUGGGGAUAACGCUUACAAAUGCUCCAAAUGUAAGAAAAUGGUUACCGCCUCAAAGAGAUUUACCAUACAUCGCAGUUCUAAUGUCCUCACUGUCUCACUGAAGCGGUUCGCCAACUUCAACGGAGGAAAAAUUACAAAGGAUGUGAGAUACACAGAAUAUUUAGAUUUGCGUCCAUUCAUGUCCCAGUCUCAUGGAGAGCCGCAAAUCUAUACUUUGUACGCUGUGCUGGUUCAUUCUGGAUUCAGUUGCCAUGCUGGACACUACUACUGCUAUGUAAAGGCAAGCAAUGGGCAGUGGUAUCAGAUGAACGAUUCAUCUGUGUCUCUUAACGAUAUAAGAACAGUGCUAAAUCAGCAAGCAUACUUGCUGUUCUACAUUAGGUCACCGGACUUAAAAAAUAGAAGUGACUAUAGUCAGAUGAACCAUACUCCUGGUCAGUCAUCUCCACGACCAUCCAUUCCACUCAAGAUGAAUGGGCCUCAGUACACCUCCACAUCCUUUAUUGGCCCACAACUGCCACCUCAUAUGAUGAAGAACUCGUCAUACGUCAACGGGAAUGGGAAUAGUUCUUCAAAGGAAUACCAUAGUGGCUCAAAGCCCAACAGAAGCUUUUGUGGUGUGCCCAAAAUAGGCUCUGGCAUGUCCCUUCCAUCCUCUUCUGCAUCCUCGUCCUCUUCCACAUCUCUGUCCAACCAGAUUGUUCGACCCAUGGGCAUUCCUGACUCAUCUAAGAGGCCGAAGUUAACAUUUCUCAUUGGUCAGGGCAAGCCUGUGAGACCUAAUCAGAACCAGACGAACCAUAAUUGCUCUUCAUCUUCAGCCUCUCACUCUCAACCCACCUCCUCCAGUAACUCAGCGACUACCUCAGGCUUCCAACAGGCCAAGCAGGUCAAUGGAACUCCCGCCAAUCAUACUGCAGCUACUUUCUUGGUUCCUUAUGGUCAGGAAUCCUCUGAGGAAUCUGACCAAGAGGCUGGAACUUUGGAGAAUGGAACUGCUCCCAAGAUAACCAAUGGGAAUGGAGUAAAGGAUGACUUGCAAUCCCACAAUUCCAGCUCACUGCCUCCGCUUACCUCUAAAACAAAUGGUUCCAAUGGCUUUCCAGAGUUGCAUGUGAGUGAAAACGAAUCAGGAUCUGCCCACAAAUCUCAUAAUGGCCAUCCCAAAGCCAAUGGUUUUAAUCACACUGAUAAGGUUACGGGAGCGCCACAUUUUUCAUCUCAAACUAAUCUGUCAGAUAGUUUGGACUUGGAGUUCAGCUUUAAGCCUGGGAUCUGUGAAUCAAGCUCCAAACCACCAAGUUCAGAUGGCCAACGUUGUUCCUCACCCUCAAGCAAAAGUACGAACAAUCUCUCUGAAUUUUUAGCCCAGUCUGCACCUUCAUCUAAUGCCUCUUUGGUCUCCAAGACUACGGACAAUGAACUUAAUGCCCAUGCAGCCUCAAAGGUUGAGUCGACGACUCCUAUCCGAGCCACCCAUCUAGUGGUUGGCAUGUCAGACUAUCAGGCCAACCAUAGUCUGAGUCUCAAUGCAGGUGAUGGUCACACAAGUCCACAUAGAUUAAAGGAGACACCCAGGUGCAAUGAAGGGAUAGGAAAAGACUCAAAACCAUUACACACGGGCAAGUUUGAUUCCGGGGAUGGAAGGAGACCAGGUGAGGACCAAAAUAGGCUUUUAGAACGGCCUCAAUUUUCUUCUACCCUGAAGGACAGGGACAGGUACAGACACAAUAGGGAAUAUGAUGAAAGAAACAGGCACCGCUAUGGGCACAGUGGACGUGGCCAUCGACUGGAAAAGGAGUGCCGUCAUGCCAGAGAGCGCUCCACCAGUAGAGAUCGUCAUCAUCGUGAUGGCGAGCGCCACUGGGACCGAUUCUUGCACCACCGUCGAGAGCACCACCAUUCCCAAAGAAGAUUUAGAGAGGAACGUGAUUGGAGUAGAGAAUGGGAUAAUCGAGAUAGGAGAAUUGCAAGUGGAUAUGAUUCUCAUCGUCCCUCUGGACACCACAACAGGGACGGCUUCUUCAGUCACUGCCAUCGUGGGGUGGAAAGUGGACGUGGAAGAGAACUUCAUACUGUUCAUGAGAACAGCUCAAGAGGUAAACCGUCAUCUCCACGUUCUGUCAGCCCGCUGCCUGAACGAAACAAGAGGAAACGUAGCCUAUCGCUUGACGUAAAAGAGAGCUCCGAUGAGUGUCGAGCCAAGAAACCCAAGAAGAAAAAGAAAAACAAAGAUAAACACAGACACUCAUACAAGGACCCUUCAGAGUGGAAUGACGAGAGCAGCUCAAAGAAACUUAAAAAGAAGAAGAAGAAAAAGAAGCGGAGGUGGAACGAUGAGAGGCCUGAUAGAGACUUCCCUCAGAAGCGAGAAGAACAUGAUUCUAGAGCUAGGAAUGGUACAGAGAGAGGAAGUCCUCACCGCAGCUCUGAGUCUCUUCAGAAUGUAAACCGAGAUCAUAUAAAGGACCAGCAACUCAAUGGACAUAAAGCUAAUGGCCAGAGCUGUUAUAGUGGAAGUGAACUGGAUCUCUGUCGUACUGGGGUGGAGAAAGAUGUGAAAUACAAAGUCUGUAAACACGCUACUAGUGUGAACAGCUCAAAUACAAAUGGAGACAUGGACAAUGUCUACCACAGGGUUCUUUCAGAUGUUGAAGCAGUCACAAAUCCUCACAAAAGGGAAAGUGAUUUCUCCCCUACACCCAAGAUUCUGAAAACCACCCAUGCAAACAUGUGAAAAAAUCUACAUAUACAGAGACCUGACAUGGUGCUGAACAUUUAGAACAUACUGUGUUUUACCACAGAAUACAUUUUAAAGUUGCAUCUUUUUAAGGCAAUGGAUUUUUUUAGUACACUGAACAGAAAUGAACUUUGAUCAUUUUAAAAAAAUUAUAUAUAAAAUUAAUAUAUGCGAUUAAAACAAAAGCCUGGAGCUUAACAUCAGAAUUGCUGCUCAGACGUAGACUCAGGAUUUUCUCACUUGGGAAGAUGAGACAAGUGCUCCCUUUAAGGAGACAAAUCUUGGAAUGAGAAGAACAUUUAUAUGCUGCAUUAACGGAGAAAGACUGCUUGUCUCUUGGCUUCAAGUUAUGAUGUCACCAUUUUCGCAUAUCGUUUGUGAGGACUGUCUCAAAAGGAGCAGACUUGGCUAUUGCUACACGUGCACUUACAUCACAGUUAACCUGGACACACUUGAGGACAUAAGAUAUUUGCUUUGCUGUCUCUUGUAUCUCUUUUUAGCAUCUCACUGUAUUAUUCUCAUUCUGAAUUUCCUCAAACUUAUUUAGAACGCAAGUUCAUUGUGUCUUUUUUAAUUUUCGGUAUUUAGUUUACUUGAAUCCACUUUGAUUUUAGUCAAGAUAAUACUGUGAAUUUAAGUUGAACUGUACUAUCAGUUGUUCUUUUUUUUUUUGGUCCUGUAUCAGGAGUUCAAUAGACAGUUUCGGUAAAGCCACUCAUAGACCAUGUUCUCUGGACAUAAGUUAAUGUUUUUGUUUUUCUCCCCCAGCAAAAAAGACAUGGUUAUAAAUGGUUAUAUUCAACUUAUUUUACUGUAGCAUGUCAAAGUAAAUGUGUACAGUGUACAAUACGUUGAGUGAGAGGAAACAGCCUUAAUGUCUGAAAUUGUAAUAUUUUCUCUCACUAUGUUUACAACAUUUUGUUGGAGUGAUUGAACAUGUAUGUGAAGAUGGGAUGUGUUUUGAUUUUGUAAAGGGUGGGCUUUCCUUUUUACAUAUAAAGAACAACUUUGAUUUGAUUUGUGAAGAAAAAUGUACAGUUAAUUGAUGAUAAUGUUUGGAUUCUUUAGGUUUAUUAGGGGGGAAAAGCAUGUUUGGUAAUGUUACAUUGCUUAAACAGCCCGCUGUUGUCACAAAAAGGAUGGUAUUGUUUGUGGAUAGAAGCAAUGAUUAUUCCUUCAUUUUCAUAUUCAUGAAAGGCAUGUGGAAAUCCUUAAGAUUGAAAAUUGGGAUAUAUGGGGUAAUUUGGUGUCAUCAGUAUAGCUGUGUUAAGAGAAGACAUGCAUUAGGAUACAUUUUUGGCACCUUCUGUCCAGGUGAGAAAUAAACCAAGAAACACUGACUUGGAAAUGCCAACUUGAAGGUAAGCAGUAUAUAGUUGACAGUGCACAAUGUUCAAAGAUUCAGAUCGCUUAGUGCUGAUUUAUGUGAGGAUGCUCUGCUUGUCUUGAGCACUUCAUUUACAGCAACGUGAGCAUUUUCAUACAAGUAACCAGAUUUGAAGGUGAA